UUUCUUAGUCCAGCGUAGAGGUUGUUGUUUCGGUCACUGUAGCAAACGGGAUGCAACGACGAGCCUUAGUUGUUGGAGUACAAUUUUCCACAGUCAAAGAUACUCGAGGCGUUGGAAUUGAGGGUCACCGUCCAGUAUAUUUAGUUUUUACUCGCAAGGGAUAUUACCGCAACUAUUUCUGUUAGUGUCAAGGGUUGCUUCCAACUUGGCUACCAUUUCAAUGUCUUCACAGAAACACGGCUUCAUUUGUCACCGGUGCCUUUUCAACGUAGCCAACUUCGGGGGAUUUUUCCGUGCUUAGUCCAAGAAUGCAGCAUCAACAUUAGGACACAUGUUACUGAGCGUCCAGUCUCAGCACUGUAUGGACUGACUACUGGAUUAAACGGAAUUGGACUCGACAGAAACAAGGCGUAAAUGGAUCGUCAUUCCAGUUACAUUUCGAUCUGGUUUCAAUUGGAACUAUGUGCUAUGGCUGUUCUCCUCACUAAAGGAGAGAUCAGGUGCUACUGCGAUGCCCCACACUGCGUUGCCACGGGUUACAUGUGCAAGUCAGAGCUCGGCGCAUGUUUCACGCGGGUCCUGGAUCCACUGAGCGCGAACUCUCCCCUCACGCACGGUUGCGUGGACUCACUCGCGAACCCCGUGGACGUCUGCCUCGCGAAAAGCUCGGGUGUAUUGCCCGGAGGCGCCCCCAUGCUGGAGUGCUGUCAUGAGGACAUGUGCAAUUACAGAGGACUGCACGAUCUGGGACAUCCCCGUGGUGAUCCAGCAGAUCAUGGACGAUCACCGGCAGACAACGGGCCCAACAGGCACUUGGUGACACGAGUGACAGAGCUGUCGUCUGGCAAAGAAGUGUGGUUCCGGGCGGCGGUGAUUGCCGUGCCCAUUGCCGGCGGCCUGAUCCUGGUGCUGCUCAUCAUGCUGGCACUGCGCAUGUUGCGGAGUGAGAACCGCCGGCUGCAGGCCCAGCGCCAGCAGAUGCUCUCCCGCCUGCACUACAGCUUCCACGGACACCAGGCCAAGAAGGGCCCCGCCGCCGCCCUGGCCAAGCUGGAUCUGGAGUGCAUGGUACCGCUGGGCGCCGGCGCCGAGAGCUGCUGCCUGGCCUGCGACAAGCUCCGGCAGGCCGAGCUAGCCGGCGUCACUGGCGGCGGAGGAGGGGGAAGCGGAGGGGUCGGAGGAGAGCGCAUCCUGUCGCUGGUGCACUGGGGCGUCUACAGCGGCCACGGGAAGCUGGAGUUUGUAUGACCGGGCUGACGUGGACGACUUGCGCUUCCGAUGUGUGUCAGAGAAAGGUUGAAACAUUUUUGAUAAAAACAAAAGAACAUUUCCUGCCCUUUCUCUGUGAGUUCUGUACCGGCAAGCGUAGGACUGAAGGACUGCACCAGAGAUGUGCUGACACAGGAUUUUGCUGUUUCAGAAAAAUGUUAUUUUUGAAACCCUUUCUCUUCUUCUAUUGUCCAUUGGCUGUUUUCCUCCCCUCAAAAUGGAGACAGACAGAAAAGGAGGGAGAGGGAACGAGAGAGAGAAAAAAAACAGAAACAUGGACUCAUGCCUUGUGGUUUUUAUCUAAGGAGCACUUUACUUGAAUCUGAGUGGAUUGCGACUGAGGGGCCUUGAGUGUGUGUGUGUGUGUGUGUGUGUGUGUGUGUGCGCACACAGGCUCGUGUGUCGCGCACGAGCACACGUAUGUGUGGAUGGUGCUUGGCCCCUCUGUGCAGCCACUCUACCUUGUGGAUCUAGGAGGACUGCAGAUCCAUCUUAUUUUGCACAUUUGUAUAAGAGAGAGUGAUACCUGAAUGAAAGAAAGAAUGGAUGAGUGAACGAAUGAGUAAACGAAUGAAAGACAAAUAGGGUGUUUUGCUUUAAAAGAAGCCAAUUAGAAGAAUUUCACACUGACACCAGGGUACAGACUUUUGUUUGUUGAUUUUUUGUUUUUCAAGGAGUCAAAAUAUUAUAUAAAAUAAAGAAUCCAGUGUUGUUGUACACGUAAA